UGCAGUGCGUCACGAUAGAGAGUAUCGCAUCGGUAGGAGUGAUGUAGUGAAUGUAACACGAAGAAUCAACAAUGCGAUAAGAAUGAGGCGCGCGUGGCCUGCCGUUGCUCAGUUGUUCGCUCUGAAAUGUUACAGCAUUCAGCUGGCGAAACAUUAUAUGAGCACGAUGGCACAUCCGUUAAUAGCAGUAUGCCAAAUGCGAUCGAUAGCUGAUAAGGUGAAGAAUCUGGAGGUUGUGAUUGAAUUAGUUGCUGAGGCCAAACGUAGAUCAGCCACGAUGGCAUUUCUUCCUGAAGCCUGCGACUUCUUGGCAGAUAACAAGAAGGACACUGUCGCUAUGGCUGAACCCCUGACUGGACAGACAGUAACGUCUUACAAAGAAAUCGCUAUCAAAAAUAAUAUCUGGUUGUCCUUGGGUGGAAUUCACGAAGCUUCAGAUGAUGCAGAAAAAAUUUACAAUACACAUAUAUUGAUAAAUAACAAGGGACAACUAGUAGCCGCGUAUAGAAAGAUACAUUUAUUUGAUAUGGAUAACAAGGAUACCGGGGUACGUUUGAUGGAAUCAGAUUAUGUGCUUAAAGGAACUGAGAUCGUGCCACCUGUAUCCACGCCAAUCGGUAAACUCGCGCUUAGCAUUUGUUAUGAUAUGCGUUUUCCCGAGCUGUCGCUGACUCUGCGAAAUAUGGGAGCGCAGAUUCUCACGUAUCCAUCGGCGUUUACAUAUCAAACCGGCGCCGCACACUGGGAGAUGAUGCUACGAGCACGUGCUAUAGAAAAUCAGUGUUAUGUCGUCGCGGCAGCACAAACUGGCGCACACAAUAAAAAAAGAGUGAGCUGGGGUCAUGCCAUGAUUGUAGAUCCUUGGGGUGCCAUCAUAGCACAGUGCGCAGAAAAAACGGGUAUUGCUAUAGCAGAAAUUGAUCUCGCGCUACUGGAAAAAGUUAGGAAAAAUAUGCCAUGCGAAGAACACCGUCGCACUGACUUGUACUCCAAAAUGGAAUAUCAAAAAAUUAUUUAAUACAAAGGGUUUAAUAAGAAAAUGAUUGUAAUUAUUGUAAUUAUUGUAAUUAUUGUAAACUCACAAUAUUUUAAUUUAAAAUAAAUUUUGGCAAAGGAAUAGAAAUCUAGAAUAAAUGCAUUAUUAUUA